AUGGAGCUCGCAUGUUUUAACGGUUUCCCAGAAACCCCAUCCCUCUCCGGGUCUUUAGUUCAGCAACGUCAUAAUUUGCUGGACUCUGUCAAAUCCGCGGGGCCUCCGGGGCCUGUCUUUCGCGUGGAAUUUGAACUUUUUGAUGAUGAAUCGCCCAAGACUUGUGCGAACUUCAGGAAUUUGUGCGCAGGGCGCACAACCAGCCGGAAGGGUGAGACAUACUGGUUCCAGGGUGUCGUGCCUUCCUACCGCGGGACAUACUUUCACAAGAUUAUUCCACAAUUCUGCGCUCAAGGCGGGGACCUCACCAUGCGGGUAGACAAUGGCGCGAAUCAUUUGAGUAGCUUCGGUCGCGGUUGGUUCGCGGAUGAGUAUAAGCGACGGCGGAUGAACGAAGUCGGGCUCUUGGCGAUGGCCAACAACGGACCCAACAGCAACGGCUCGCAAUUUUUCAUAACCACGUCUGACUCAAAUGAGAAGGCGCUCAACGGUCGUCACGUUUGCUUUGGCCGAGUGGUGCAGGGCCUGAAGGAGUUCAUGCAUGAGGUUGCUCCCUUUGGCGACAGUGCUGGCUAUCCAUCACGUUUUAUUGUCGUUACGGACUGCGGGGAAGGGCCACUACCAGCUACGCUCGGCUCCACAUUGCCGGAUAAAACACCUGCAGCUGAUAUUAGCGAAGAAGGAGCUCGGGAAUGCGGGAGGGUGUCGGUGAAGUCCCCUUCCGGCGGGUAG